AUGGCAGAAGGCAGCUAUUCUGGCCCUUCCACUCUUAGCUUUGGAGCUGCUGCUCCUCCUCCCAACGUUCCGAGUGUGGCGACUGCUCAGAGAAACCCUGCAAGUCUUUUGAACUUUUCCACCUGCGCGCCUGUGCCCUUGUCUGUUACAGAGGUCUGUGCUCCUGAGGUUUCAUCUGCAAGAGACGAUCUCCCCCUUUUGCCUUUGACGACUUCUUUGUACCCUCUUGUUGCGUCUUCCACUGGCCCUGACUCGGUGGGCCCCUCCUCUCAAGGUGGGGACCAUUUGGAUUUGGAGGCUAUGAAUUCAUUUAAUGACUGCAUUGAGGAUGUAGGGGCAGAUGAUCUCAGAUGGACUAGCUUCCCCCUCACUUGGAGCAACAAAAGGGCUGGAAGCAAUCGCAUUGCUUGUAAGUUGGACAGAUUCCUUGUCAAUGAAGAGUGGCUGACAGCCUUCCCUUCCUCUCAGGCAUCUUUUGACAACCCAGACAUCUCAGUUCAUUCCCCCAUCUCCUUAGCCAUUCAACCUUUCACUUCUUUUGGCCUCAAGCCCUUUAAAUUCUUUGACAUAAAGCUCAAAAAUGUUAAGGCUGCUCUUAAAGAUUGGAACCUCAAAGUCUUUGGCAACAUUUCUCAUCAAGUAGUUGAUUGUAAAGAAAGGCUUGCUUCCUUACAGGCUUCUCUUCAGACUGAUUUCCUAAAUGAAUCCCUGGCGUUGGAAGAGAAAGAAGUCUCAUCUCAGCUCUCAGCUCUGCUUGCUAGGGAAGAAAGUUUUCUUAAACAAAAAUCAAGGAUCAACUGGCUCGAUUUGGGAGAUUCAAACACGGCCUAUUUUCAUCGUUCUGUGAAGGCUAGGCUUAAUGCAAACUCCAUUAUGCAGCUCUCUCGCCCGGAUGGAUCUCUUGUCAAUUCUGUAAAAGACAUCAAAGACUAA